AUGAACGUGCUUUACGGGGAGAAAGCCUCGGUGUUCCACAUCUUGACCGAUGACUUCACGCCGGAGAGCGUACGCUCAGUGGCCGACGUGCUCUCAUCUCGACUUUCAUCCGCGGAACUCGCAGCGCAGGUUGCGCAUGAUUUUGAACGCCUCGAGGCCAUCUCACGGGUUCUGAGAUCGCGAUACAACGACUGUUCCGCCUUCUUCAGGCUUCCGCCAGAGUGUAUCGCCGUCAUCAUCCAAUUCAUCGCUGAAGUCGAACCCCCACGGUGGAACGCGCGGAACCAUAGUGAAGAUGGACAGGAAUCACAGCUACCCAAUACGCUAGGCUUUAUACGCCUCGGCCAUGUCUGCCACCGUCUGCGCGACACUCUCUUGAACAUGCGGUCACUUUGGGCGGCCUACGCCUUCGCCAUGUCGCCCGGUGCCGUCGGCGAGAUGAUCGCACGCGCCGGCACCGUUCCCCUGUCCAUGAAGUUGGAGAACUGGGAGCAUCCGCCUCUUCAAGUGCUGAAGUCCAUCCGCGACCACAUCCAUAACGCGCGCAUCAUCAGUUUCCCGCCGAAGACGCUACUCGCUCGAUAUUGCGCCUGGCCGUUCGAAAUGAAGACUUUACAUCGAGAAACGUUCCCAUAUUUGGAGGAGCUGACGCUCGAGUUCCCUCUCAUCCAUGCUCAAGAUGAAACUGCUUAUCAGCGGCCUCCGUUGAAUGCGCCCCAACUACGCCGCAUCUCUAUGGGGAACGUCUUCAUUCCCUGCAUCCUGUCCUCACUGGAAUCUUUCGAGCUGCAGUACGAUCAAGACACCUUCGACGAAAUACAGCUUCCAUCGAACCCAGUAUUUCUCGACCUGUUGCGCGGCUUGUCGAACGUCCGCGUGCUCACUUUGGAGAACUGCCUGCCGAUCGUUCUACCGAGAUGCGACGAAGACACGCCCUUAUUCGCAUUUCCUCAUCUUGAAGAACUGCGCUUAGGAGGUCCAAUGACAACCUGCCAGGCCUUGUGGUCAUAUCUGCAAUUUCCGUCGGAUACGAGGGUUAGGCUGACGGUCGAUGACGACUCGAUGUCAAGACCCGGUCAGCUCGACUUUCUGGAGACCAUCAGUCCCCACUUCAGGCAAUCUGGCUGCCCCAGAAUCACGGGGCUCAGCGUUGAUGACGACCAGCGCAGUGCGGAUCAGCUUCUACGGCUCGUCUUCGCUUACACCAAAGCAGGAGUGUCGCACGAUUCGUGGUCGGGCCCUCUCGCCUCUGAUCAUGAGUUCCUACUGGACAUCUCUCUAUCCGGUUGGAUGUUCGAAGCGGUGGACGAGACCGCCGGGCCUUUCAUCCCGCUACUCGAGCGCAUGUACGAGCUGUAUAAUCUACAAGAGUUGAAGACCAUCGAGCUCGCGGCGACUAUCGGAUCAAACCCCACACGGUGGAAGGACGCGCUGAGGCGAUAUAAGACCGUCACCACAUUUGCCAUCGACCCUUUUCCUCCGCAUCAAGGGCUCUGGGAAGCCCUCUGUCCGCAGACCUUGGCCGACGGCGAGCUCCAUAUAUUCCCCAACUUGGAAUACAUCGCCAUCGAGAACACCUUGGGCUUCAACCACUUCCAAAUCGGGUACGAGGACGACGAUCCGGCUAUGCCAGCUGAUUGGGCGGACUUCUGUCCUGGACUGGAGCGUCGUGCAGCUGCAGGGGUCGGUAUAAAGCGAUUAUCGUUCGGGAACUUCAGGACGGACGAUUUGGAACGGGCGGAGGAGCUCUUGUCAUCCCUUCAUGCUAUCGUCCCGGAGGUUGUAGGCACCCCAAUCCACUUUGAGAGACGACCGCAGUGGGUCACUUUGGGUGGCAUGGGCAUGGGUUGA